GUAUCAUCUCGUCCAACAUUGCAUUUGUUUGCUGCUUUAUCCACUGGCGCCAUUAAUCUCUCAUAACAAUCUUCCAUCAAACCACCACAUCGCACAUCAUCAUGUCGGUCCCUGAACAGGCCCAACCGCUCGACACUGUCGCCGAAGACCACUCAACUCAAGAGACGCCCGCAAUCGAGAACAGACAAGAGGCACAAGCGGACCUCGCAAAGCUACAAGCUGCCGCCACGAAAGAGUACUCGCUCAAGAACUAUGCCCAGGCCUCAGAGUUCUACUCGCAGGCUUCAGAGCUCCAGAUGCAGCUCAACGGUGAGAUGUCUCUGGAUAAUGCCGAUCUCCUCUACCAAUACGGCCGCUGUCUGUACCACCUGGCAGUGAGCAAGAGCGAUGUCUUGGGCAACAAGGUCGCUGGCAGUGGAGAGCCUCAAAAGAAGAAGCGCAAGACAAAGUCCAGCCACGACGCCCUCAAGGACGGCGAGCAGAACAUGGCAGAGGAAGUCGUCGAAGCUGUUGUAGAAGAGAAGGAUGGAGUCGCUACAAAGAAGGAAGACGACUCUGCAAGCAAGCCCUUCUUCCAGAUCACCGGCGACGAGAACUGGACCGACAGCGAAGACGAAGGCGACGAUGCCGAAGCAGAGGACGGCGAAGACGAGGACGACGAUGACUUUGCCAUUGCAUACGAGAUCCUGGAUAUCGCUCGCGUUCUGCUUACUCGCAAGCUCGACACGAUACCUCAGCACCUUGACGGCAAGGGCAAAGGAAAGGAAACUCUGGUCGAGAAUCCCGAAGCACGAACUGUCAUGGACCGCUUGGCCGACACACACGACCUGCAAUCAGAACUCUCCAUGGAGAACGAGAACUUCCCCGAAGCUGUCGCCGAAGGUCGCUCAGCUCUGGCAUUGAAGGAAAAGCUGUACCCUCUAGAGUCUAGCCUCCUCGCCGAAGCACACUUCAAGCUAGCACUUGCCAUGGAAUUCGCUUCGGUCACAACGACAAACUCAGAGGCAGUAGAGCAGGGCGCUCAGAAGGAGGAAACCGUCGACGAAGACCUGCGUAAGGAAGCAGCCACACACAUGGAAUCCGCCAUCGAGUCGUGUCGUCUACGAGUCGAGAAGGAGCAAUCAGCCCUCCCUACCCUUGCAGCCGACAAGCAAGAUGCAAAGAAAAAGGAGAUUGAAAACGUCAAGGAAAUGAUGUCGGAAAUGCAACAACGUCUCGUCGAUCUCAAGACACCAGUCGCAGCCGCAGACAACCCCCUCCGCGGCAUUCUAGGUGGCAUGCUAGGCGAGACCACCACAGACCAAAAGCAACGCCUCGCAGAAGCAACAGCAAACGCCAACGACCUAAGUGGCCUGGUGAAGAAGAAGAAGCCCGCUGCUGGUCCAGCAACCAAGGUUGAUUCACUCCCCAUCCAAAAGAGAAAACUCGAAGAAGAUACCCAAGACGCGACGAGCAAAAAGGCAAAGGUCGAGGAUGAAGUCAAGGAGGCCUAGAAGAUCGCUAAGGACUUGGGCUUCGAUGUGGACAUCAAUGACCCGGCUCCGGAGUACGGUCCCAAUAUGGAACUCAUUGGACUUUUGUUCCAUGAUGUGGGACCCUUUCCUGUAUUAAUCGAUGGCCACUCUGUUAUGGUGGAAAAGUGAUUGUUGGCUUUUCCCUUGCAGGUGGGUAAUAAUUAUAUUCCAUUACCCCUUUCUCUUGUGUAUUUUUGGAUACUGCUAUUGUGAUUAUGACCAAGGUAAAGGAGCGAAGGCGGCAACAGCAUAAACCCAUGUCAUGCAUGAGGUCUGCAUUGCUCACUUCACAAGGGCUAUCGAUCUACGAUCCGCUCUCGCACUACGACAGCUGCGACAGCACCGUAAUCUGACACCAACAUUCAAGCAUGACAUUUGCGAAUUAGAGUCAUCUAUUCUAUCUCUGUGUCUAUCUUCAGAUCAAGCAAAUGAUGACGAUGUGAA